ACUAUAUUGAAUAGAAAAUUAACCUCCUAGAAAAUACUUUUAAUUAUUUUGUAAAAAGAAAAUUAUAUUUUAAAAAAUCAUAAAAUUAUCUAAAAAAAUUUAGGUUUAAAGGUUUUUCCUUUUGGUUUUGCUAUUCGAUUAUUCCAGAUAACGUGGAGAGAUUUGAACCAAAAGGCUUGAAGGAGCGAAAAACAUCAAAGUUGAGUAUCCGAAGGAAAACGCAAAAUCAGUGAGAAAAUAUUCAGAUCUGAUCUGAUCUAACCUGAUCGGAGAUCUUCUUCUUCUUCUUCUUCUCUCUCCAUCGGAAAAAAUGUCGUCCACGUUCAGCGGUGAUGAAACGGCACCUUUCUUUGGCUUUCUCGGCGCUGCUGCGGCCCUUGUUUUCUCCUGUAUGGGAGCUGCUUACGGGACGGCAAAGAGCGGUGUUGGUGUGGCGUCAAUGGGAGUGAUGAGGCCGGAAUUGGUAAUGAAGUCUAUUGUUCCGGUGGUUAUGGCUGGAGUUUUGGGUAUUUAUGGUUUGAUUAUCGCUGUGAUUAUUAGUACGGGGAUUAACCCUAAGGCUAAAUCUUAUUACCUUUUCGAUGGUUACGCUCAUCUUUCCUCUGGUCUUGCUUGUGGCCUUGCCGGUCUCUCUGCUGGCAUGGCUAUCGGAAUCGUCGGCGAUGCGGGCGUCAGGGCCAAUGCACAACAACCUAAGCUUUUUGUUGGGAUGAUUCUCAUUCUAAUUUUCGCCGAAGCACUUGCUCUCUAUGGACUUAUUGUUGGUAUUAUUCUCUCCUCUCGAGCUGGUCAGUCAAGAGCUGAUUAAGUGAUGAAAUGUUUUGCGCUUGGAAUUUGUGUAUUACUGGUCUCUCUUUUUUCCUUUUCUUAUAUCUCAUGAAUUGUUUUUGUAGUUCUAUGAUUAGAAAUGGUCAUGACUAAGUUUUUUACUUUCUCAAAUAUUCCUGUGGUUGUGUGAUUUCUGUACCACAGAUUCUGUACUCAUAAGGAUUCGGAAUCAAUUGUUCUCUCAAUAAACAUAAAAACAUUGCUUCCUUUCCUGUUUA